AUGAAUGUUCCAGUGGCGGAUCCUGAGGUCACUGGCGAGGAUCAGCAAGACAUCCUGGACAAGCAUAACGAUCUAAGAAGGGCAGUUACCCCUACCACUAGCAACAUGUUGAAAAUGACCUGGAACAACGAAGCUGCAGAAAAUGCUCAAGAGUGGGCAAAAACCUGCCCCAUGGAACACAGCUCAUACCUCUUCAGAAAGAUCAGCACUACCUACUGUGGAGAGAAUCUGUUCAUGUCCAGCCACAGGCUAGGCUGGAGCCAAGUUAUCGAUUCCUGGUACAGCGAGGUGAAAGACUGGGAAUACGGAGUGGGAUCAAUCAACGAUGGAGUGGUUGGACACUUCACACAGGUUGUUUGGUACAAGUCUCAUGAACUUGGCUGUGGUUUGGCCUACUGCCCAGACUCUAGAUUUAAAUACUUCUACGUCUGCCACUACUGCCCAGCUGGAAACUACAAUUUAGCUCGCCCUUACAAAAAUGGAGACAGCUGUGCUGACUGCCCCGACAACUGUGACAACGGACUGUGCACCAAACCAUGCCCGUACAAUGACAACUUUGGUAACUGUCCUGGAUUUAGUUAUAACUGUAUGUUUAGUUUCUUUGUCAACUGGUGCCCUGCCACCUACAACUGCAAAAGUGGAGAAAUUGUUUAA